AUGGCCACCCCUGGAGAAGGCAACCAAUCCAGCGAUGAAGGGGCGCCCCAGCCAGAGGUACAGCUGCAGCAACUUGAGCCUCGAGUGGCCCGCAGACGCCUGUCCCAGGCCCGCCACAGAGCCACCCUGGCAGGCCUCUUCAACAACCUGAGGAGGACCGUCUACUCCCAAUCUGAUCUCACAGCUUCAAAGUGGCAGGUACUGAAUAAGACGAAGACCCACAUUCAGGAACUGGAACAAACCCUGGAUAAUCUGCUGAGGCUCAAAGGGUCCUUCAACUUGGAGGAUGGGAAUGCCAGCAGCUUAGAGGAGGUUAAGGAAGAAUAUGCCAGAAUGUACUCUGAGGAUGACAGCAUACUCGUCAACGGUUUUCCUCAGAACAUUUCCCCCCCAUGGUGCCUCACUGGGGCUGCUGGGAAGGAUGAUGAGGAAGGAGGAUAUGAUGAAGAGAUAGAGGAGGAGGAGAAACAGGAAGAGGAGGAAGAAGAGGAAGAGGAGAAAAAAGUGGAUCUCUCACAGUCCUCUGACAGUCUGUUGCCAGAUCUCCUGGAAUUUGAACGGUACCUCAACUUUUACAAGCAGACGAUGGAUCUCCUGACCAUGAACAGCAUCAUCUCCCCCCAGGAAGCGACACUCCCUAUCGUUUCUGCGGCCAUCUCCCACCUGUGGCAGACCCUCUCUGAGGAGAAGAAGGCCUGUCUCCUGCAGGUGUGGGAGCAGCAGAGCAGCAGCCUCUCGGACCUCACAGAGGCCUGUCUAGAACUGGCCUGCGUGGAAAGCAGUGUGAAGGACAGCGGGGUGGACAGCCAAGGGGCCAGCUGCUCACUGGAAUCCACCCCAGAAGAGGUCCUUUUUGAAGAUGCUUUCGACGUGGCCAGUUUCCUGGACAAGAAUGAGGCUCAGCAUAUGUCUAACAUCAGCUCUGUGUUUGCCAACUGCAACCCAGAAAAUCCAGAGGAGAAAUUUCAGCUCUACAUCCAGAUCAUCGAGUUUUUUAAAGGCCUCUGCUGCGUUAACACUCCACUGAACCAGGAACCAGAUCCUGCAGUCGAUGAUGAAAUGAUGUUGCUCAAGUGCCUGGAGACCUUUGAUGACGAUGACCUGUAA